AUGUAUACCUCAGAUUCUCGUCCCAAUCGUCCAACUGAAUUACGUCUGACACCGUCAUCGACCAGUAUUAACAACGAAAAUGCUGUUGUGGCGGUGAAAUCUCCAAGUACACCUAAUCGGAUACCGCUAAGUAAUGGGUUCAAUUAUCAAUACGCGACUACUGUGGACAAAAGAUCUGUGUUGUCUAAUAACGGCUCAAAAAAGGUUAUAGUGGCACCACAACCACAUUUUCGCCAACAUAAUGGUGAUAUCUGUGAAACUCCAUUUCGCACUAACGGGGAUAUGCAAAUAACUCAUCGUCGUCGAAGUAGCGGUGCUGUUACUGCAGCAUAUCCGCCGCAGUAUGAGAAUCGGCAUAGUUAUAGUCGAGAUGUUGCCGUCGCUGUGAUGCCACUUAGUGAUCCACGCACGACAUCUGUGAUUCGCAUAGACGAUGAUCGAAAUAUACGUGUAAGGUCGAGCAGUGAUAUUCGUGUGAUCGCACUAGAAAAACGUGUUCGAGAACUAGAAGCUGCUGUCAACAGCAGUAAUGGACAGAUUUCUAGUGCCGGACCAACAACUUCAACUUCUUUUAUCCUUCCGGUGAAUGGAAAAGGUUCUCAAGUAAUUGUUUCUCCUGUUUCACCGGCUACUGCCCAACAGUUGAUGGCACAAGAAAUUGCUGAUAAAGAAGUUGAAAUAGAGAGAUUGCAAUCACAACUUCGACAAUGUUACUCACGUAUGGAAUUUAGCAAAAUUCAGUUUGAUGAAGAAGUCGACAAGUUCCGGAAAGAAUCACAGGAUGCAAAAUCUCAACUAGGGAAAGUGAAAUCACGCUUGAAUGAACUGGAGGUUGAAUGUUCUGAAUAUCGCGAAAGGGCGACAUAUGUUGAAGCCGCUCGUAACUCUGCAAUUUCUGAUUCACUAGAGAAAAUCUCAGCUCAGGAAAAAGAGUUGUCUCAUUUGCGAGCUGAAGUUGAACAUUUAAGUGGUCUAUCGGUGGAAAUGGAUAAACUUAAGGAAGAGCUUAAAAAGUCGGAAGCAGCAAACGCUGAAUUAAAGCAUGCUGUCGAAGCUAAAGAAAAGAAUGUAAGAGAAUUGGAAGACUCAAUUUUUGCCAUGAAAAUGGAAGCAUCGUGUAAAAUUAGUAGUGGUUCGGCUACCCCGUGUGAAGAUGCACAUUCCCUAACUGAAAUUGAACUGCCACGAUAUUUUGGAGGUAUAAAGGAGUUGAAGGAGCUUACUCCUAAAGCAUCGACCAAACAAAUACCUCCUCCAUGUUCCUAUUCUUCUCGACUAAAAAAAUCUCAGUCAACUCAACAACUUUCUCAGUCGAACGACAAAAUUAGCCUUUCAUCAGCUCUUUCAACGUUGAUUCGUAAACAGACAGCUUCAACCGUUGAAUGCCGUCUACUUGCCAAGUGCUUGAAAGAUACUGCAAUGAAGGCGCUGAACGGUGACUUGCCAAGUGUCAGUCGUCUGUUAGGUUGUCGAAGUGAAUCAAUGUCGGAAUCAGAGGUCGAAGCGUUACCUACGGAUUCCAGUCCUAUGCCUUUGGCAGUUGCCGAACGUCACAUACGAAGAGGCACUGAGGACUUGGAACGUAUCGAAAACGAUUUAAAUUCUCUUCGAGAGAAAUUUGUUGAGUAUUACGAAAAAAAGGUAGUGGAAGAUCUACAGGAAAACGAUAUGUGUAGGAUUCAAUGA